GGGCUCUCCCGGUGACCCGGGCCCGGCCGCAGGCGCGCGCGGGGGCGGCGGCGCCCGAGCCCAACUUGGCCUCAGCCUCGCCCUCUGCCCAGCCCGCCGGUGUCCCCUCCUUCCCGCGAUUUCAUUUCUUCUCACGCUCUCCCCUCCACCCCCUCCCGCGUCCAGCCCCGCUCUCCCCACCUUGUAAAACAAAGCCGGGGAAAAUGCCUGCCCGUGCAGCUCGGAGCGCGCAGCCUGUCUCCGAAUAAGAAGUGAGUACAAUGGCGUGUUUGUAAAAGGUUCGAGUCCGUCUUUUAAAAAAAAAAAAACAUUUUGAAUGCUGCAUGCCUCAUGCUUCCCAGCGCCUCGCGGGAGAGACCCGGCUAUAGAGCAGGAGUGGCGGCACCUGACUUGCUGGAUCCAAAAUCUGCGGCUCAGAACUCCAAACCAAGGCUCUCGUUUUCCACGAAACCCACCGUGCUUGCUUCUCGGGUGGAGAGUGACACAACCAUUAAUGUUAUGAAAUGGAAGACGGUCUCCACGAUUUUCCUGGUGGUCGUCCUCUAUCUGAUCAUUGGCGCCACCGUGUUCAAAGCGUUGGAGCAGCCUCACGAGAUUUCACAGAGGACCACCAUUGUGAUCCAGAAGCAAACAUUCAUUUCCGAACACUCCUGUGUCAAUUCGACUGAGCUGGACGAACUUAUCCAGCAAAUAGUGGCAGCAAUAAAUGCAGGGAUUAUACCGUUAGGAAACACCUCCAAUCAAAUCAGUCACUGGGACUUGGGAAGUUCCUUCUUCUUUGCUGGCACUGUUAUUACAACCAUAGGAUUUGGAAACAUCUCACCACGCACAGAAGGGGGGAAAAUAUUCUGUAUCAUCUAUGCCUUACUGGGAAUUCCUCUCUUUGGGUUUUUGUUGGCUGGAGUUGGAGAUCAACUAGGCACCAUAUUUGGAAAAGGAAUUGCAAAAGUGGAAGAUACAUUUAUUAAGUGGAACGUGAGUCAGACCAAGAUUCGUAUCAUCUCAACAAUCAUAUUCAUACUGUUUGGCUGUGUGCUCUUCGUUGCUCUGCCCGCAAUCAUAUUCAAGCACAUAGAGGGCUGGAGUGCUCUGGACGCCAUUUAUUUUGUGGUUAUCACUUUGACAACCAUUGGGUUUGGUGACUACGUGGCAGGUGGAUCUGAUAUUGAAUAUCUAGACUUCUACAAGCCUGUCGUGUGGUUUUGGAUCCUUGUAGGACUUGCUUAUUUUGCUGCUGUCCUGAGCAUGAUUGGAGACUGGCUCCGAGUGAUAUCAAAAAAGACGAAGGAAGAGGUGGGAGAAUUCAGAGCCCAUGCUGCUGAGUGGACGGCCAACGUCACAGCCGAGUUCAAGGAAACCAGGCGGCGGCUGAGUGUGGAGAUUUAUGACAAGUUCCAGCGCGCCACCUCCAUUAAGCGGAAGCUGUCCGCGGAACUGGCUGGGAACCACAACCAGGAGCUGACUCCUUGUCGGAGGACUCUGUCCGUGAACCACCUAGCGAGCGAGAGGGAGGUCUUGCCUCCCUUACUGAAAACUGAAAGUAUCUAUUUGAAUGGAUUGACACCACACUGUGCAGGCGAGGAAAUUGCUGUUAUAGAGAACAUGAAAUAGCCCUGUGUUUGCAGAGCCAUAGGCAUAGCCAUAGGUGAGGACCUCUAUAUGCUCUUUAGGACUGUUGCUGGUAGCAUUUUUUAAAUUGUGCAUGAGCUCCAAAGGGGGGGAAAAAUAGAUACACCCAUCAUGGUCAUCUACCAUCAAGAGAUUUUGGAAUUCUGAGCCAGCACUCUCUUUUUGAUGAUGCUUGUUGAACGGUCCACGUUCUCUGAUGAGUGGAACGAAACAAGCCAAGGUCUGAUGCCUUUUUGUGCCCAGACUGUUUUUUCUCCCUUUUUUUCCCCUAAUGUGCCAUAAGGCUUCGGAAUGAAUUCGAAUUAUUUCUGGUAAUAAUGUAGCUUCGAGGGAUCAGUCCUUAACUUUUCAGCGUCUACCUAACUGAGCCUAGAUAUGGACCACUUAUGGAUGACAACAUUUCUUUUUGUAAAUGGCAAGAAAUUCUUAUGCAGCCUUUUACCUAAGAAAUUUUCUGUCAGUGCCUUAUCUUAUGAAGAAACGGAACCUCUCUAGCUAACGUGUGGUUUGUCCUUCCCCGCCCCACCUGUAGGCUCACCUGCAGCCCUCCACCCCAUGAGUCCCAUUUGAAUACCAUACCUUGCUGGAAAACCAGUGUGUAAAAUGACUGAAGCGAUGAUGCCCGAAGAAGGAACAGAUGCCAAAUUAGACGGACAUUGAAGCAACACUCAGAAACCUUAGCAUUAAAGGCACUGCAGAGAAAUGAGGUGCAGAGAUGGCCCCUCUGAGUAUUUAUUUGACUCAGGUACCAAUGGUACAUAUAUCCAGUGUAAUUAUUACCAGGUCGGUAAAAUUGGCUGCUCCCAAUCUCCUUGUUCCUGGCAGUAUUUGGAACUUAUCCUUUAUUAAUAACUCUACAUUUUUUAAAGGUGGAAGAAGAAAAUCUAUCUAUCUAUCUAUCUAUAUAUAUAUAUAUAAAGUAAUCUGAGAAGAAAACUGUUAAAAAUGGAUAUUAUUGGAGGUGAUUUAAGACAACUGGUGUGAAUUAGCAUCCUGAUGAAAAGAAGACAGCAAAACAGUGUGUUAAUGCGCAUUUGCUAAUAAACACUCUACUGCCAUCAUUGAUUUGCUUUUUGGUGUAUGAAAGGCUUAAAUGAUUUUCUUUCCUUGGUGACUUUUGCCAAGUGAGGGGAGGUGAACCCGCAGGCAGGUCUGGGCACAGGCCUAGCCUCCUGUGGGCAUACCUCUAGAGUUGUCACUGAGUGUGGGAGCAGAAGCUGAAACUGGGAUCACUGUGACUUUGCACAUGGAAAAAUGCAGAUUUGCAGGCAUAACUCAUCUCUGACAUUAGAGAAAAAGCUGUUAUAGCACAAUUUACAUCUUGAGAGCUUUCUAUGUUGUUAAGAUAGAAAAGGCUAUAAUCCUUUUUAGUUUAAUUGUAUGUCCUAUAACCCUUUGGAUGUCUCCAAAAUUCAAAAGAAAUUCAGUAAAGGCACCUAAUAGAUUGCUACUCUUUCUUUUAUUUUCAUACCUAGAUCUGCUGUACAUUGUAUAUAUAAUUUUUUUAAUGCAGAAAGAAAAUGAUUUCCCUAAAUAUAAUGGCAAAACAUUUCUUUUAUUGUUGGGGUGGGGGUGGGGGUUAUCUGAAUAAAUGGUGUUCUGAUUAUGGUCUUAAAAGUAAACCCAGGAUCAAAAAACAAAAAACAAUAGAUGCUUAUUUUCCAAAAUUUAAAUUUAAGCUAAAAAUGUAAAUAUCCAGUUAACUUGUUAAAGGUACUUUUAUAAACUUAAAAAAAUUCUAACUGAAAUUUUAGAAAGUCAGGCUCUUUUAGAAAGAAAGCUACACCCACUUCCUCAAAAACUGUUCUGAAAGUUCAUAUGGUGGAUUGCACCAUGUAUAAACUGUGAAUUGUAUUGACAAAUAAAGUUUGUAAUUAAAGUCA